CAAUAGGCUCCCCUUGCUCCAGUCUCCACUCUCGAGCCCGGGAGAGACAUCGCGCCACCCAGCCCCAAACGAGCCGACCCUAGGCUCCCCGAGGCUCUAGGUGACACCAGGGUGCACCUCACAUACACCGAGGGGGAGGAAAAGAGAACUAACCCAGAACUCCAAAGAUGGGAGGCAAGCUCAGCAAGAAGAAGAAGGGGUACAAUGGAAAUGAUGAGAAAGCCAAGGAUAAAGCCAAGAAGGCUGAAGGAGCUGUUACAGAAGAAAAAACUCCCAAGGAGAAUGAGACCCAGACAGUGACCGAGACCACAGAUAUGAAGAAGACCGAUAAAGAUUCACAGGUCACUGCCAACAAGACUGAAGAGAAGGGAGCAGAGAAGGAUGCGGCGCCCGGCAAAGAAGCAGCUCCGAAAUCAGAGUCUGAGAAACCGGAGGCUGUCCCUGAUGGAAAGGCAGAGCCACGGAAGGAUACAGAGCCAGAGCAAGCACCUGCCUCUGCUCCGGCAUCCAGUGAGGCUUCUAAGAGCCCUGAGACAAAGGUCUCUCAGUCUUCAGAAGCCACAGCAACUAGUAAAGCAGAUGACAAGAGCAAAGAGGAAGGGGAAGCCAAAAAGACUGAGGCUUCCGCAGCUCCAGUCGCCCAAGAAUCUAAAAGUGAAGUGGCUCCAGCUUCAGACUCAAAACCUAGCAGCAGCGAAGCUGCGUCUUAUUCCAAGGAGACCCCAGCAGCAACAGAAGCCCCUAGCUCUACACCUAAGGCCCAGGAACCUGCAGCCCCAGCAGAAGAGGCUCCGACCGCUAAUUCGGAUCAAAACAUAGCAGUGAAUGAGUAACAAGGACAGCCUAUUGAAAAAAAAAUUAAAAAUAAUAACGAAAUAAUAAUAAUAAU